AUGACUUAUACUCGACAAUCUGAUAAACAAUGGGCUAAUUUCUUUGUAAGAUAUUGGAAAACACUUGCUAUUACAAGUGUAUCAAUAACAUCAUUUUACUUGUUCUCUCAUUAUGAUUAUUCUCGAAUAAAUACUCGUCUAUUAUCUGUAUUAACAAUUCAAGCUGCGGAAUAUGAACGACGCAAUGUACGAAAAGCAUUAUCGAAAAAUUCUAAGAUCAAACGAAGGAAAGAUAUCGACAAUGACGAUGAUGAUGAUGAAGAAAAUGGCAAAGAUAAUUUGAAUAGAACAGAUAAAAGAAUUACAAAUAUUCAUGAAAGACGUUUUCAUGAUUUUGCCUCGAUUGAAUAUAAUGGAGAAAUAUAUAUGACACCAAUCGAUUUUCUUGAAUCGGUCGUUGCAGGACGACCUAGACCUCGUAUUGGUCGUCGAUAA